CAGGCUCAAUUGUCGGUGGAUCGUCGUAACGUGUGGACGAGCGCGCGUCGAGGUCGAGGGUUCGGAGCCAGGGAUUAAGAGCGUGUGCCGCGAUCCGGGGCGCGCGCCCGGUGCAAGAGCGGAAACGACGCGUGCACGGGCCGAAGUCGGUUACGAGGCGAAGUGUGUCCCGCGGGUGUGUUUGCGUGCGCGCGCGCACGACGUGCGGAUAACUUCACGCGGUAAGCGCGUGAGCCUCUGCCCGCUGCCGGACGAUUUCCGAGUUCCGAGUUCCGUUCGUUCGACGUUGACAACUCUCUCGGCCGAGCCCGCUCGUUUUUCGCACCCUGAGAUGCGCGUUGCGGCCGUGGCGUUUAUCGCGCGAAACAACCACGCGAUAUUUCGCGCUCCGUGGCGUUGACGGAAACGAGCGCGCCCGCGCGCGCGCUCGCUCGCUCGCUCGCGUCCACCGUGAUCGGAGGAUCGGAAGAUCGAUCGUGAGUGAGAGGGAAGAACGACUUAAGGAAGGAUAACAAAGACCCUCUCUCGUGUUGCUCGUUGUCAGUGACAGGCUGAAUCAGUGUGUGUGCGCGCCGAAUAUUUCGGGAUCCGCCUGGAUAUUUUGUGGUUUACGUUCAACUCGCCGAUCGGGAGCCCCCUUGGCAGCAACGGCCAUGACCGCGGACAGCCUGUUCGAGACUACCAGCAUCCCGGGGCAUCUCGCUCCCACGCCCGAGAGACUGGAGAGACUUCUCUCGAAACAGACCCUCGAGGAGCUCUACGAGGUCGAGGAACAGCCUUUCGCACGAGGUAAAUACGCAGCGGUGAGGAGAUGCCGCGAGAGAUCCAGCGGCAGGCAGUGGGCCGCCAAGUUUCUGAGGAAGCGACGGCGGGCCCAGGAGCUCAGAGCGGAAGCGCUUCACGAGGUCGCCGUGCUGGAUGCCGCGGCCCAUUGUUCUCGUCUCGUCUCCCUUCAUCAGGUCUUUGAAACCAACACCGAGAUGGUGCUCGUCCUCGAGCUGGCUCCUGGCGGCGAGUUACAAAUGAUACUCGACCGGGACGAAGUUCCAGAGGAACGGCAAGUCGCCAGAUUACUGAAGCAGAUUUUGGACGGGAUAGCCUUUCUGCAUUCCCUGAACGUGGCUCACCUCGACAUCAAGCCGCAAAAUUUGGUACUUACUGGAGAAUUCCCGGACUGCGACGUAAAGCUAUGUGACUUUGGCAUAUCGCGGUACAUCAGUCACGGAGCGGACAUACGAGAAAUUUUGGGCACGCCCGACUAUGUUGCCCCGGAGGUUCUGAAUUACGAGCCGAUCAGCCUGGCGACCGACAUGUGGUCCGUUGGCGUGCUGCUCUACGUGCUGCUAACGGGAUGCUCGCCGUUCGGUGGAGACACCAAGCAAGAGACGUUCUGUAACAUUAGCCGGUGCCGCCUGGACUUCCCGGAUGAUCUCUUUGAAGAUGUCUCCGAGGAGGCGCGCGAUCUUAUGCGCAAGCUCAUGGUUAAGGACCCAAACGAACGUCUGACGGUGACCGAGUGCCUCCAGCAUCCCUGGUUCAACAUGUUCGAGCAGCCGUUAGCGCCCUUGACGACGUGCCCCUCGUCAGACGAAAGCCCCGCGGCCGUCCUCGAUUCCUCGACGACGACGACGACGACCCCGCAGGAGAACAGCGCCUCGUCGGAAUUGCCGAUCGCCAAUCAAAGUCAGGUCUCGUCCACGCCGAAGAGCGACGGCGAGAAGCAACAAAGGUCGUCCACGACUGGUCUGUGCCACAGUGCGGAGAUUUCCAAACCAGCAGCGGGCACUCGCGCCGUCUCCUCGCAUACGGAAAAUCUUUACUCGGUCUCGAGAUCGUUGUCCAAACCGAUUAGAUUCGGGCUGAGCCCGGACCGAAGGGACACUUUCAAGAGGAACAUGGACUCGCUGGCGCGAAAGUUCUCCGGCAGCGUUCUGCCGGAGAUCGUCAUCAUCGAACCGUCGCCGUCAAACGUCGGCGGUAGUAUUCAGCAACGUCGCGCCACCGCCACCCACACGAUGCCGGCUGGCGGCGGCGAGGUGUUCAAGUGCACGCCCGUGUUCAUCCUCGGCGAGGCCGAGCAACAGUGCAGCGAUAGCGGCAGCGACACCGUAUCCGAAAUCUCGACCGACAGCUCGAGCGAUCGCAGCAGCAUCUAUUCGGACGAUUCUCUCGAUUUUAUUCUGUACGGUAAGAGUCAAGGUAGAGCGAGUUUCCCGUUCAGUGCCGCCGACGCAACCGCCGACAGGUGGGAACAGAGGCAUCAUCAUCACCAUCGCGCCGCCCGAGUAUGGCCGCGCGAGUGUAACGGCGUCGUCAGCAAGGCGCUCAGCCGCUUCACAUCGGAGACCUCGUCCGGGAUGACGAAGAUCGCCAAGAUCCCGAUGACGACGACGCCGCCGACGGUGACGGCGUUGCGCGGCGGCGGCAGUAGCAAGGCUGGUCUCGAGGCGCUCCGCGAACGGGGCGGCAACCUGGUGGUUAUUAGGGAACCCGUACGUGCCGGCAGGUACACCAGGUAUAGCGAGGUACAGUGCGAGUCGGUGCAAGCGCGAAUUCGACGGUUCCAGGUGCAUGAGGCCUCGUAGGAUCGUGCCGUCCAGCUGUGCGCCAGCAGGUGCCGGCAGUUGAAUUAUAUUCGCGCGCAGGUGGACGGACGUCUCUGGCAGCCUCCUUGAGGAGCUGCCGAGAGAUCGGGAGUUCGAGGCGAUUGUACGUAUCGCGUAAUAUCACGUGUACAGUGACGUGAAGAAGUAGGAGGGAGGUUUUGAGCAACGAUGCGUGCCCGAGGGAUGUGCGAACGAAGGAUGAGAUGGGACGGACGAAGUUCCUCGAGAUUUGCGAAGGCUGUGACGUCAGAGAAGAUUCUUAAAAAAGGUUCAGGAUUACGCGUCUUUCUAUAAGAAUGUAGGACUAUGAGCUUUGUGUGAAAAAUAUAUUCGGAUUCGCGGUUCCUUUGAUUGUUGCGAUCGAGUGAUAAAGUCGAGAGCGAUAUCGAUAUGUCACGCGACAGUGGUUAAAAUAAAAGGGAUUACUUCUGAAUUUAUUUUUCGUGAAGCGCAUAAUGCUGUGAUAGCGUUAGGGGAACGUGAAAUUAUAGCAUGAGGAAUAUGGUGUAUUUUUGCUUUAAUUUUUCCGAAAGUCACGGUGCAACUUAUAAAGGCGAUCCGUGUCGCGAAGAUGUUAAUUCAAUCAGAAAAAUUUGCGAAACGGUAUCCUGUAACUCGAUCACGAUACAUAUAAUAUUAAGCAGUAUUUCGUAGCGAGAAUAAAACGUUGCACGUACCACACUAAGCCUGAUCUCCAGAAUCCUCGAACAGCUUCUCGAAGCCCCUGUCCUGACUUUUCGCCGGACUUCUCAGGAACCCGAGACAGAUUGUAAAGGGCGUGUGCACGACUGCGCAAAUCGUACGACGUAGCCGCGUGCGAAGCGUGUCGCACGCGGAAUCCUACGUGUACGACGCCUCUCCACAUACGCGUGCCUUCGCGAAGGUGCCGAGAGAUUGUAGCUUGUAUCAUAUCAAAGCGAACAAACGGCUGUUGUAAAUACGGGUGAGAGAGAAUGUGAAUGCGUAUUCGUAUGUAUGCGUGCGUGCAUGUAUGCAUUGACUCUUCGUGGAAGCGAGCGGCUUCGAAGAGGGUGGUCUUGAUGUACAUAUUCGAGUAAUCAGAGAAGGUACGAGCGAUAGAACGAGUCGCAGGUAUGCGUGGCUUGUGUGAGAAGGUGCCUGCGGUUGCGGUUGCGACGCCGAUCAACAGGGGUGGUCUCGCGCCGGGGUGGCGACGGUGGAGAUCCGAGGGAAAGGUCAUGCGGAGUCAUAGCGACACCCAACGUUGGAUGGAGGCUAUGGGGGAACGCGUUCCGCCACAUGCGAGGAUAGUCGAUCCAUCAAGAGUCGAUGGCGAUUCUCCGAUAAUCCCGGCGGAUUCCACCGUCACUGCCCGAUGAGGAGGAAAAGAAUGCGUCUGAAAUCGAGACUUUGAGCAAAGAGAGCUCCCCUUAGGCUGCCGUUAUUGAUAGACUGAUCGACCGUCCUUUCGAGUUGAGGGAAAUUCGAGUUAUCAUCGCGUGCGCAUGCACCGAGACGCGUUGCAUGUUUAUCCGAAACAACGUUGUAAUUCCGAAAGGCCUAACUUUUGAAGCACGAUUUUUAGAAACAGACAUUUUCGUGUAUCAAUAAUAAAUUGAUAAAAGUUACGUCUUAUACCGCGUUCGUUUCGAGAACGCUUGUCAAAGUUCGAGUGGCCGAUUUUCGAAUAAGUUGACAAAAAUCCCGCAAUGUCAGCAACAAUAUAACGUAUCUCGGUGCAUUGCACGCGGUUCCGUCAGCACGAAUCGCCAUAUUAAUCGGUUGUUGAAUUUAACGACGACCGAGAUUAACGACAAUCCAGAUAAACACAUUUCGGUGCCUUCCUUUAAGAAAAAUCACGACGCUUGUGCGCUAAUACGGCGUAUAUCACCAGUGCCUACGUUUACUUGUCCAGUUUACUCGCGGGCAAGGCUUUUCGAGUCACGAGACUGUGAUGCCUAACAGGGAGAGAAUUGUACGUCUGAAGUGUGAAGAGUGCCUUAAUUGCGCGCGGCUUCGCGGGAGAUCAAAAAAUUGGACGAGCCUUCUAGACGCCUCUAAUUCUCGAGUUAGCUCGAAUACGGCCUCGGCGGAAGAAAUUAACAAUGCGGGGCCGAGCCCUUCAGAUGUCAAUGAACUCGUUGCACGAACCACCGAAAACUCUCGACGCACGUUAUGGAGAAGGGACCACUUUCCUAUAGGCCGUAUAUAUCACGUGUAUAUACGUUUUUCCUAUUGUUAAAUAUUUCUCAAUUGUACUAUCAGAUAUACUUUAUGAACCAGCAUCCUUUCUUUCUAUUACUUCAAAAUUGUUCGUUGCUCGUCGAGCGCGGAAGAAAAACGAAAGAGAGAAAAAACAACAAUCGACCUCGUCUGCUCUCCGGGCUCUCGUGGACGCGCAAAUCAAAAUUGUACAUACACAAAUUUAUUUAGCCACAAAAUUCAUCAUCGCGCGCAAAUUGAAGCGCGCGAAUCGCUCGCUCGCAUAGCGCAACGAAUGCUAGUCAUAAACACGUUCCGUCCUCUUUCUCACGCUCGCUCCCCCUUUUUUCGCGCCUCUAAUUUUCGUUCAUUUCGCCGCGGACACACGCUCGUUGGCGAGACGCUAACGAGCGACCUGUGUCUUCGCCGAGCGAAACGAGAAAGAAAGAAGAGCGGACGAGGAGAGCGCUGUAAAAAUGACUACGGACUUGGUUGGCGAGCCUUGGCUUCGAGCAGCACGAGAGGCUCGUCCAACCGUGAAUCUGUACAUCUCUUUGCAGAAAAUCUCCAUGGGGUAUACGAGGACGUGGAAUUUGCCAGUAAAUGUAACUGAUGUUUUAACGCGACGAAAUUUUUAGCAACACUCCCGAAUUUCUUUCCGUAUUGCUUGCAAAUAUCGAUCGAUGUUCGGUUUUUGAUGGUUCUCUUCGAAGUUAAAAAGCGCACUUUUGAUACGUUGACUAUUUCGAGAACUUCUUUAGACUUGAAAAUUUCGAAUUUUCCAAAUCAGCAACUUUGGAAUAACUCGCGAAGCGAAAAUCUCGUGAUGUUUAAUCUUCUCUUCGGCGACUGCUUAGUGCUUCAACCCAUCGCGCGGGGAAACUUUCGACCUCGUGGGCCGAGGCGACUGUUCGAUCGAUUAUUCGGUCUCUCCGACCACGGUGGUUUGACGAUCAAUGCAAAAACCACCGAAAUGUUCGUUAACGCGAACGGACAAGCCGCGUACACGCACAAUUCGAACGCGUGCAUUUCCUCUCGAGACGCAUGUGCGCGCGUGUGUGUGUGCCGGGGAACGUGGUUCAAGAUGCGUCUCCGAGAAUCAAAGAGCGGAAUAGACCUGUAAAAUAUAAUUUUGCUACGACGGGCGAGGGCGGCGCGACCCGGGUGGGUCGACUUAGCUUCUCUCGCGUGAAUUCGUUAUUUAUUUCUCUUCUUUGUGAUACGUCAUUAGUCAGAAUUAAUCAGUUUUCGCUUCAUUUCUUCGCGUUAAUUGAAAUCCGCGGAGAACGCCGUCGACUCUUGCCUUCCGUGCGACUUGGACGCGCCGCGCUGCCCGAUAUAUUCUCUUAUUAUUAUUAUUAUUAUUAUUAUUAUUAUUAUUAUUAUAUUAUAAUUAUUAUAUUCUAUAGAAUUAUUAUAUUAUAUUAUGCUAUUAUAUUAUUAUAUCAUUAAUAAUUAAUCGCGAAGAUUGCGAUCGCGCAUGUAGCUGCUAAAAACCUCCUGUAAAUACUUCUGUCAUUGUAUUAAUUUUAAUAAUACAGUACGAAAUAAACGCAACAAUACGUUCAAAACCGUGU